AUGACCACGGUCAUCAUGAUCAUCAUCGUCAUCAUCUACAACAAUAACAACAGCAGCAGUAGCGAAGUGUGCAGCGACAUAGUGCCCGUAUUGCCUUCUUCACACGUAGUGGUUACUUCGCCGCAACGCAAGGCUAUCACUUAUGGCCUAGUAGUGGAAGUUCAAGCUCCACCAGGAACUCUCAUCGGCCGUGUGUGUCAACUGUGGUCCAUAUGCUAUCCGUCGUACGGAAUUUACGACACAAGUGGGAACAAGACGUUGAGUAUUGUGGGUCCCUGCUGCACCUACAGCAUGCCCUUCUGUUGCGACGUUCAGUUUCAAGUUAAAUCAGCGAACGGCGUGGAAGUGGGGAAGAUCACCAAGCAGUGGAGCGGUGUCGUCAAGGAGGGAUUCACAGAUGCCGACACCUUCGGCGUCACCUUCCCGAUGGACUUGGACGUCAACAUGAAGGCCAGCCUGAUUGCGGCCACUAUGCUCAUCGACUACAUGUUCUACGAGACAACAUGCGGCCAGGGCUCUGGUGCUAAAGCCACAUGA